AUGGAGGUGUGGGAGGAUGGAGAGGUUCUGGAGGUGGUUGGAGGCGACUGGGAGUUGGCGGGGUGGUUUGGAGAAGGUUGUGGAGGUGUUGUGGUCAACCAAGAGAGGUGGUGGUCGACCGGGAACCAUGGGGGUCAAUCAAGAGCCAUAAGGGGUCAAUCAAGAGUCAUGGAGGUCAACCAAGGGUUGUGGUGGUCAACCGAGAAUCAUGGUGGUCGACUAAGAGCCAUAGGGGUCAACCAAGGAUCAUGGUGGUCAACUGAGAAUCAUGGUGGUCAAUCAAGAGCCAUAAGGGGUCAGUCAAGAGUCAUGGAGGUCAACCAAGAGUUGUGGUGGCCAACCAAGAGUGCUGGAAGUCAACCAAGAGUCAUGGAGGUCAACCAAGAGUUUUGGUGGUCAAUCAGGAGCCAUAGGGGUCAACCAAGAAUCAUGGCAGUCAACCAAGAGUUGUGGUGGUCAACCAAGAGUCAUGGUGGUCAACCAAGAGUCAUGGUGGCCAACCAAGGAUCAUGGCAGUCAACCAAGAGUUGUGGUGGUCAACCAGGAAUCAUGGUGGUCAACCAAGACUCCGGCAGGUCAGCCAAGGAUCGUGGUGGCCAACCAAGAACCAUGGUGGUCAACCAAGAGUCGUGGAGGCCAACCAAGAGUCGUGGAGGCCAACCAAGGGUCAUGGUGGCCAACCAAGAAUCAUGGUGGUCAACCAAGAAUCAUGGUGGUCAACCAAAAAUCAUGGUGGCCAACCAAGGAUCAUGGUGGCCAACCAAGGGUCAUGGUCAACCAGGAAUCAUGGUACUCAAGGAAAAGUCCUGGAUCUCAACCAAGACUCAUGGGAAGAAGACACUGAGGUGCUCCUUGAAGCCGUAGAGAUGCCUCCAGUCAACUGGGAAGACCCAAAAAUCAUGGACAGGUCCUGGAGAUUCCUCCAGUCAACCAAGAGUCAUGGGAAGAAGAUGUCAGGGUGAUCCCAGAAGUCCUUGAGGUGCCUCCAGUCAACUGCAAGGUCCCAAAAACCACGGGAACGAAAUUUUGGGGUGCUCCCGGAAGUCCUUGAGGUGCCUUCAGUCCCUCCAAGGUCCCAAAAACCACGGGAAUGAAAUUUUGGGGUGCUCCCAGAAGGCUUUGAGAUGCCUCCAGUCACUGCAAGGUCCCAAAAACUGUGGGAUGAAAAUUUGGGGUGCUCCCGGAAGUCCUUGAGGUGCCUCCAGUCAACCAGAAGGUCCCAAAAACCAUGGGAACAAAAUUUUGGGGUGCUCCCAGAAGUCCUUGAGAUGCCUCCAGUCACUGCAAGGUCCCAAAAACCAUGGAACGAAAUUUUGGGGUGCUCCUGGAAGUCCUUGAGAUGCCUCCAAUGCUGGGGACCCCCUGAGAAGAGACUUUGGGGUUCUCCCAGCGCCACUCCAGCCCUGGAGACCCCUCGCCCCCCCCAAAUUCCCCCCCUGGGGCCCCCCCAAA